CAUUACACAAGUAGGUACGGAUUUGUGGGGGCUGAUUAUUUUCAAGCAGCGAGGACAGGAACAGAAGAAAAGCAUAAUCGAAAUUUCUGUGUAUUACAUUUAUAAUUAUUUUGAUUAAAAUGUAUAAUUACCCACCUUAGAACUGUCAUAACGUUGUAUUACACAAUUGCUUGAAAUACGAUGUUGUGUCUGUGCGUGUGUGUAAUGAACAUCUGUAACAUUUAUUUACAUAUGAAAAGGAAGUUAUUAAACUUAGGAUAGAAUUAAUGAAAUCUUUUCAAAUUUGACAGAAUUAUUUGAGCAUCCAAAAUGAAGAAACUUUUUUCAAGGUUUGAUGCUCGUGGAGACCAAUCUAGCAAAGAACCAAAUACUUUUAUCGGAAAAGUAUUCACUGUUGGACGUUUUACUGUCACUGUUGAAGAUAUAAUUGCAGAAGGAGGUUUUGCAAUAGUAUUUCUUGUGAGAGGAUCUAACAAUGUAAAAUAUGCAUUGAAAAGAAUGUUUGUAAAUAAUGACCAUGAUUUAAAUGUGUGCAAAAGAGAAAUUACUAUAGCAAGCAGCUUAAAAGGACACAAAAACAUCAUAGGAUUUUUAGAUUCCAGUAUCAAUCCUGCUGGAGGAGGUGUUUAUGAAGUUCUAAUGCUUAUGCAUUACUAUAGAGGUCAUGUAUUACAAUUAAUGAAUGAACGACUUCAGACAGGAUUCACUGAAGGAGAAGUAUUGCAAAUAUUCUGUGAUGUUUGUGAAGCAGUUUCGCGUCUUCAUCAUUGUCAGACACCUAUAAUUCAUAGGGACCUUAAGGUAGAAAAUAUUCUUCUUAGCGACAGUGGGAAUUAUGUGCUCUGUGAUUUUGGAAGUGCUACUGCUAAAGUUAUAAAUCCUCAGUCAUAUGGUGUUACUCAAGCUGAAGAGGAAAUCAAAAAGUAUACUACACUGUCUUACAGAGCGCCUGAAAUGAUAGAUUUAUACUGUUCCAAGCCUAUAACGACCAAAGUAGAUAUUUGGGCUUUAGGAUGUCUACUAUAUAAGCUUUGUUUUUUCUCUCUGCCUUUUGGUGAAAGUGCUUUAGCUAUACAGAGUGGAAAUUUCAGCAUUCCAGAUAAUUCUCGUUAUUCAAAAAAUGUUCAUUCCUUAAUCAGGUAUAUGCUAGAAACAGAACCUGAAAAACGACCAGACAUCUUUCAAGUUUCCUAUGUAGCAUUUAAAAUAGCAGGAAGGGAGUGUCCUGUUUCCAAUUUAAAAAAUACAGCCAUUCCAGAUAUUGAUAAGCUACCUUCUCCUCAAACAGAAAGCGAGGCUAAAAAAGCUACUGCUAAACAGCAAAAACCAGCAUCUACACCUGUGAUUGAAGGGACUUCUGUGGCACCUCGACAACGGCCCAAAGGUUCCCAAGCGCCGUCUGGUGUGGGGAGCUUAACUCUUUUGCCCCAAACUACUCCUGUUACUGGUAAAAGAACACCCACAACACCGCAUGAUGUGGCUAACUCAGCAACUUUACUUCUGCCCCCUUCUGCUUGUCAGUCUCACAUAUCUUCUCCAAUAACUCCUCUGGGCUCUACAUCCCAAACCCUUUUAUCUAUAAAUCAGUGUAUAACUCCUACAACCCCUCAAACCGCCGUGUCUGCUCCAUCUCUUAUCAGCCCCUUUUCCCAGAAAACCUUUCUUGUGCCUUCACCAUCUUCUGUCUCUACUGCAGCAGCUGUUUUGUCUUCGCCGGACUCUUCCUCUCAACUAGUCAACCGUCGGAAGUCGUCGACCGAGGUACCCGUGCUGGAAGGUCCUGUGGCUGUCACUACUCCUCAACUCUCGGCGGCAGAGGAGCAUCGCUCUUUCUUGGCUGCAGCCUCCAUUCCGGAAAUAACUCCCCAUAAUUUAGUCUCUGUUACUCCUCCACCAUCUCCUACACCGAGUCAGCACAGUCACCAUAGGAGAAAUGCUAGUGAUACUUCUGCCUUUGAUAAAAAUGUUGCAAAGGAGAUUACUCAAUUUUUAACUCCUUAUGAGACGUCUCAAAAUCAUUCAUUAGUUAUGAAUGAAACUCUUCCUUCUGCAGCAACUCAAGAGAAACAUUUAAAUGAUCUAUCACAGUGGAAUCCCUUUGUAAAUGCAGUUACAACCCCUAGUAAUUUAGCAGAAGAUCAUGCUUUUGGUCAAGAAUUUGAUAAAAUUCGGCGUGGAUCCCAAAGUAGCAUUUCCAAUGUUAAAAGCAGGGAAAGUCUAGUCAUGAGUACAUCCGAUUUAUCUGAGUCGGAUCCAUUUGGUGCUGCUCCCUUCAGUCUUGGUUCUACAAAAGCAAGCAAAGGAUCCAGUCUGUCCCGACCAAAUCAACUGUCCUUAUCUUCCUCCGGCUUACCAGAUCAUGAUAUUACAAGCUAUGCCCCAUUGUAUUCUGAAGAAGCAGAAGUUGAACUACAAGUAAGGCAUAGACACAGCAGUGAGAAUUCUAGUGCCUCUCAUGAAGGUAGUCAAAGUGUUCAUAGCAGUCGCUCAGGGAAGGAUUUAUUUACAGCUUCUUUUACGAGAACGCCCGCUGAAGACCGUUCAAAAUAUGAAAAGCUUUUGAAUGAUGAACUAGAAUUAAAAUCACCCUGUGAAAUAAACAGUGUAAACUUAAUAUCAAAAAUUCCUCAACGUAUAACUGUAGAUGUAUGUGGUCCUUCCAAUAGUAUGUUAGAGUGUCCUACUGUGUUAGAAGAUAGCGACUCUAUUGGUUCUGCAAGCGAUCUUCGAGAGAGGGUCGAUUCUAGUGGGGAGGAAGAUUGUUCUUCAGCAAUAUCAGACGAUGAUAAAGAUGUACCAAACAGUUUACCACCAGAUCAAAAUGUGUGUUCAAGUGACUUUUCAACUGAUUUAGUGAGUAAUAAAUCCCCUGGCAUUAAAGACGCAUUGCAAGAUGUAUUUAUUGGUCAUACUGAAAGUGGUCGUCCUUUGCUUGAGGAGGACUCAUCAGAUGAUGAUCAGAAUGAAGUCUUAUUGUCUGAUAGUAGAAAAGGGAGUAAUUCAUCACCAUUGCUAGCUUCCCCAAUGACUAACAUCUCGCCUCCUGCUUCUCCUGGAGAGAAAAUAAGAGGACUAGAUGUUUUUGGUGCUGCACCUUUUAAAAGAUUAACCAGUCUUUCAAACCCAGCUAAAGCUCCAUUGCUGUCUCCAGAACGUAAAGAAGUUGAUGUCUUUGCUCAGGCUCCUUUCAAGAUUCCUUUUAAAAGUCAAAAAGAAAGCUUCAAGAACUCAUUAAAAAAAAAAGGUACCCAACAUGAAAAUUCCAAAAAGAAUGAAGUGCUUCGUGAAAAUAUUACACACCCUAGUGAAAAUUUCAUUAAUACUCAUGCAUUAUUACUGCCUGAUGUUGUGGCAGGUAUUGAACCUAUUGCAAGAAAAAAUGUGCCCUGUGUUAAAUAUAAUCCACAUGAUAGUAAUUCUCCAAUCACUACGUCAAUAUCACCAUUAAUUUCUUCUACCGAUCUUUUUGGAUCAGCUCCCUUUAAUGAAAUUACUGAUAACAGCUUGAAAUCGACUCAGACACCAAGUGCUAGUUCACAAGUGCUUCCUGGACCAACACAAGUCAGCAACAUAGUAAUAACUUAUCAGAAACAAGUAAUACCUCCUCAGACUGAGACUCCAGCUCCGAUUCCUCCGCCUUCUUCAAGCAGUAGCAUAAUUCGACGAAAGUCGAACCAAGAUUUAUUUGGUGCUGUUCCUUUCAGUGCAGUUGCACCUGCCUUGGCUUCUCAGAAAAAACUUCCUCCUCCUGUUGCUCCAAAACCCAAAAUUAGCACUCGACCUAAUACUGUCGAUUCUGUUCCUAGUUCAUCCUAUUCAAGAUCCAUAACUGACAAUGGAAACAUUUCACGAGAUUCUUCUGGUUCGUUCAGUUCUGAGUCUUGUGAAGAGUCGAAAUUAACCACUUCCUCUGACAAAUCAAAGUAUAAAGAAUUGAUUGAAGAUGACAGUCUGGCUCAUGAUGAAAAUGUAAACGUGUUGAUGUCACGGCAUUAUACGCAGCUGAAACCCGUAAAAAGAUCAAGGCACUCAAAAAAGAAAGAAGCUAAAGAGAAGAUGAGCAGCACCAAUGCUUUUGCCAAUAUGAGUUUCGAAGAUAUUGUCAGUGAUGAUGAGUCUCAGUAUACCCAAUCGUUCCUUAGAGACAGUAGCAUCAAAAGAACAUCCAAUUCUUUCAGAAUCGCUAAAAUCAAUUAGGUUAUAUAUAAAGAUGUAAUUUGUAAAUGAAAUUAUGUAUUUUGUAGAGUAUCUAAUUGUUUAAAAUAAAUUUAUUACUUUCAGUUUAGUCUUUUAAAGUCUAUCAAAAAGAAUUAUAUGCAUAUUUAUCACUUGUUUUAAUUAUUUGCAUACUAUAAGCAUUUGUUGUCCAAAUCUUGGCCUUAAAAUUUAGAAAUAUAGGCCUAACUGUCGUACAAGUAUGCUGACUUGUAUCAAAAAACUAUAUAAAUAUAUAUAUAUCAUACAGGGCUGUAGACAACUAAGUUGUGAGACCCUUAUAAUAAAGAAAUAUUCUUGCA